UGUGUUUAUACAUUUAACCAGUCUUUUGGUAAAGAUUAUUUUAUGGCGAGGUGGAAACUUGCACAGAUGAAAUUCUUGAAGCUGACAUUUAUACUUGUUAUUUUAUAAAAAAAAAUUAACGAGUUAACCUGGCCUCUCCCAAUUGCACCGUCACCACCUUUCCGUAACCGCUCCGUGACUCAAUUGGCCCCAAUCUGUGCUUUCUACGAAGAGAAACAAAGAAAGGAGCUCCAAUUAUGGGCUCAGUUACCAGAGAACUCCAUUAACAUUAACCACUUCAAAUCUUCUAUUCUUUCAUAUCUCUAUAUAUUAACCUAUACUUACACACCAAUCUCUAUACACAUCUCUCUUCAAAUGGCGAAGAAUAAGGUACCUGAAUGGCUCAACAGCUCUCUCUGGUCCGCCACUACCGCCACUACUUCAUCCUCCGCCGAUGACGAUCGCAUCCAACACUAUUCCAAAAAGCACUACGCCACCGCAACAGAAUCUCUUGAUGGGCCACCGGUCACGUUCUCACCGCCGGCCGCAAUAAUGGAGGAGCCUCCUCGUCCUUCAAAGCCUGAAAUCAAAAUUAAGGAUAAAGAUUUGCGAAACGGUGUUAGUAGUGAUAUUGAUAAUAAUAAUUGUAAUAGCAUUAACAAUGAUGAGGAUAAUGGGACGUCCUAUGUUCGUCCCUCUGCCGCCGAGGAUAUUUCUAGACAGGCUCAGCUCUUGACCGAAUUGUCGAGGAAGGUGGUAAAUAUGAGGGAAUUGAGGAGAAUUGCGUCUUAUGGGAUUCCUGAUGGUGCUGGCAUUCGUUCCGCGGUCUGGAAGCUCUUACUGGGGUAUCUACCAGCUGAUCGCUCACUUUGGUCAAGUGAAUUGGGUAAGAAGAGGUCUCAGUAUAAGCAUUUUAAAGAGGAGCUUUUAAUGAAUCCUUCGGAAAUCACAAGGAGGUUGGAGAAAUCCCCUGUUUGUGAAAAUGAUGAGGCCAAAAGUGAAAGCAGUGGUAUGUUAUCAAGAUCGCAAAUAACUCAUGGAGAGCAUCCUUUGAGCCUUGGGAAGACCAGCAUCUGGAAUCAGUUCUUCCAGGACACAGAGAUCAUAGAGCAAAUUGACCGAGAUGUGAAACGCACUCAUCCAGACAUGCACUUCUUUUCUGGGGACACAUCUUUUGCAAAAUCUAAUCAGGAGGCUUUGAAAAACAUACUAAUUGUAUUUGCUAAAUUAAAUCCGGGAAUAAGAUAUGUCCAAGGGAUGAAUGAAAUUCUGGCACCUCUUUUUUACGUAUUCAGAAAUGACCCUGAUGAGGAAAUGGCGGCUUGUGCUGAAGCAGACACGUUCUUUUGUUUUGUUGAAUUAUUGAGUGGAUUUCGGGAUCAUUUCUGUCAGCAACUUGAUAACAGUGUUGUUGGGAUUCGUUCAACAAUUACAACGUUGUCACAGCUUUUGAAGGAACACGAUGAAGAACUUUGGCGCCAUCUUGAGGUCACAACCAAGGUCAACCCCCAAUUUUAUGCAUUUAGGUGGAUUACUCUCCUCUUGACUCAGGAGUUCAAUUUUGCAGAUAGUCUUCAUAUUUGGGACACACUUCUGAGUGACCCUGAAGGUCCACAGGAAACUUUACUUCGAAUAUGUUGUGCGAUGCUGAUUCUCAUUCGGAGGCGCCUACUAGCGGGGGAUUUCACUUCUAAUCUCAAGCUACUCCAGAACUAUCCACCUACAAAUAUCAGCCAUUUGCUUUAUGUUGCAAACAAGUUGCGUGCUCAACCAUCGGGCUAAUUAAUUUUUAUCACACGUCUUUGUUUUUCAUCUCUACCUUGUUUUUGUGUUUGAAAAAUCUAUUGUUUGUAAAUUACUGGAUGUAAAUGUUGGUUGAAAGUAACGGCUAGCAUGCAGGGAGAAUCACCUAUGUCGUCUUUCCUUGAAUGCAACAUUUUUUUUUUAAUUUAAUUUUUUCCCUUCUGUA